AUGUUGUGCGCAAUUUCCGGGGAAAGACCUCAGGUGCCCGUUGCUUCGCGCAAGAGUGGCCGCGUAUACGAGAAGCGUUUGAUCGAGGCCUAUAUCAGCGAGAAUGGCACCGAACCGGAGUCCGGAGAGGCUCUCACAGUUGAAGAUCUUAUCGAGCUCAAGACCGAUCCUACGGUCUAUCCGCGGCCACCACAAAUGACCUCGAUACCCGCUAUGCUAUCUUUCUUCCAGAACGAGUGGGAUGCUUUAGCCUUGCAGACAUACACACUACAAAAAGAACUGGAACAGUCCCGGAAAGAACUUACGGUGGCCUUGUACGAGAACGAUGCUGCUGUACGAGUUAUUGCACAACUCACCAAAGAGCGAGAUGAAGCGCGGGAAGCCCUCGCCAAUGUCAACAUCGGAAGAGCAGCUCCCACCAGUACAAAUGGCGAUGCUAUGCAAGUGGACAGUGCUCCGCUGCCUGCGGCCAUUUUGGAGAUGAUUGACAGUGUGAAAGAAAGUUUGUCCAAAACGAGACGAAAGCGUCCUGUUCCAGAUGACUGGGCUUCGUCCGAAGAAAUCUCAAGCUAUAACACCACCACAACCUCAGAAACGCCCUAUCCUGGCGGCACCGUACUCAGUGUACAUUCCGCUGGAGAUUUGGUUCUCGUUGCCGGGGAUGGCAGUACGGCAGGAGUUCUUUCUCUGUCAGAAAACAGAAUAGUGCAGACUUUGGAGGGCGGUCCAGGUUCUGUAACCAGCGGUCUUUGGGCCCAUGACAAAGCUGUCAUUGCUCUGUCUACUGGCGCAGUUAAAAUCUUUGCAGGAGGGCAAGAGACAUCUUCAUUCUCUGUCCAUGCCGGUAGUGCCACCUCUGUUGCGCUGCAUCCUAGCGGUAGCAUUUUGGCCUCGGUGGGUGAGGACAAAACCUACGUGCUCUACGAUCUUGAUUCGGCACAGGUCCUCUCCCAAGUGCAAAGUAAUUCAGCUCUCAAUACUGUGCAAUUCCACCCUGAUGGCCAUUUGUUGGCUGCUGGUGGCUCGGAUUCGCAGAUCAAAAUUUUUGAUGUCAAGUCUGGAACCCAAGCGGCUACGUUUGACCUUUCCGGACCAGUCAAAUGCAUCUACUUCUCUGAAAAUGGCACUUGGCUUGCAGCAGUGGCCGAGGAUUCGUCCCUGAUUUCAGUUUGGGAUCUACGAAAGGCCUCCGAAAUCAAGACUAUCGAAACCGGCAGUCGGAUCAACUCAGUUAGCUGGGACUAUACAGGGCAAUUUUUGGCAGCCGCAGCAGCAGACGGCAUCACAGUCGAGCAAUAUUCCAAGGCUACCAAGGAGUGGUCGCAGAUCCUGAAGAGGGGCGUCCCUGCGACGAGGGUUGCCUGGGGUCAUGGCGCACACAGCCUGAUCACCCUCAACAAGGGAGGAGAGGUGACCAAGUUGAGUGCUCAGCACAGUUGA